GCAUUGGGUGAAAGUGAAAGUAUUUAAGUGAAGCGCAGCAGAGGGAAGACGUCUGGCCGUGAGGAUGGUCUUUACCAGUCUGAGUUUACUUGGUGAACAUGUUUUAGAUCUCCACAGAGCUGUCAGAUGGAUCUGGCUUCACUCUCCUUCUCUUUCUGCGCUAUGAUCGUCUGUCUGCUCGGAGCCGCGCGCUGCUCCAUCGACGACAAAAACAACUGUCCAUGUCCAAAGAUUUCUUCUUUUCCUCUUACUAAACCUCCACCACCGACCUGUUAUAACAACACCUUUCGGUACACGUGUAUAGACGGUUAUGUGAGGAAAGUGGGAACCUCGAACCUCAUCAGAUGCAAGCACACUGAAGGUGCUUCACAGUGGACCACGCCCACGCUUCAGUGUAUACCUAACCCACUGAAAACCACAACACAACCACCAGAGACAUCAACAGUAACAAACAUUAUCACUGUUACUUCCCAGAACUUCAGCAUUACCACCACAGUCGCAUCAGCUUCCACUAGCCUGCAGGUGACUCAGAGUGGAAGUGUCUCAACCUCAGUAGCUACAGGAAGAAGCAGUGCAGAGACAACCUCAUCUGAUUCUGUGAUGAGGACUAAAGCAACGGAUAGGACAACAUCGAUCACAACCACCACUAAGCCUUUCAGUGGAAGCACAGUUACUCCUCCUGUGUUUGAUCCAAGAAUUGACAAAACAACAACAUCAGCAAUCAGCUGCACUUUACUGGUGAUGGUCUGUGCUUUCAUCGGGAUCAUCUUCUUAUAUUAUAGAAGGAGGUCCAGAAGCAACAGCCCUCCAUCGACAGGGGAAGAAAGGGUUUCCAUGACUUAUGCUCCACCUGGACCAUAGAGUUUGACCCUAUGACCUUCUGCUCUCUGCUGGCUGAGAGUAGAGACAGAAAGUCACUGAAGCUCAGGGAAUCGUCUCUAUACAGUGAAGAAUUACUGGAGAUUGUGUGUGUCGCUUCCGCCUGCAAACCUACUUGAUGUUCUAUGGACAAAUUACAGUAUAAUGGCUGGCUUGAUAGGACAUAACUUUUUUGCACAUUCUCAAGAAGUUAAAUUUUACUCUGAGCAGAUCUCAAGACAUUUAUAGCCAAAUAUCUGCAAUGCACAGAAGGAAUUUUGAAGACCCUGUGACCCUUCACCUGGUGCUACAACAGGUGGUGCUUUUUUUCUUCUAUAAUUCAGGUAGUUUGUUAACAUUUAUCUCACUCUUAUCAAACCCUUGAAAUCACCAAAACCAACAAUGAAUUUCUGAAAAACAAACUGAAACCACACCAGUGAGGAAGCAUGUGACCCAGCUAUACUGGAUCACAUAUUCUGUCAUUAGUAUGCCAUGCUGAUUAACAAAGACAGGAAAAGGAAGCUAUUGAGAUUUGUAAGUUUUGGGAAUGGUUGAUAUUGGAGCACCCCCAACCUUAUCCUUCUACAGUCCAGUGUUGACUGUUCAAGUAACACCAAACUGGUGGGGAUUUUAGGGAUUUUAAGGAUUUAGCAGUACUUAGCGAUCAAAUUGUAUCUCUGUAAACAAAUAAACUGUGGUAUUAGUGAGUUAAAGGCUGUUCAGACAUAGGAAACAAACAAAACUGAUAUUUUGUGGGGCUACAGAUUCAGCUACAUUUACAUUUACUGUUAAGUAUGCUGGAAGUAGAGAUAAGUCAAAAACAACAGUUUCUGCAGUAGUCAUUCUUCACCAUGGCAUCUGUGAGUUUGGAAGGCCAGCUAGCUGGCUAAGUAACAACCUAAAGAGCUUAAGGCUAGUAUGACUUGUUUCAAACUAAGCCAGGCUAAUUAGCAAACAUAAUUUACUGUGGUUUGAAUGUAUUUUAGUUAGUAGCAGAGUUCUAGGCUUCAUAAUUUUACUUCUUUUACACUGAGCUUGUCUGACAUUAAUAACAGACCUAUUUGUUGAUUUUGCUGCUGACCUUCAAUCAGUGAGGUUAUUUUCGCUGCUGUGCCUGUGAGAAAUGCAGAAAUGUUUGCAAACACAAUAAUGUUGGUAUUUUCCAAGGGCAGUGAGUGACCUGCUUGUCAGGACAUAUAUGUGUAUCUGGAAUGAAAACAUGAGCUAGAUUUUAAAAGGUUAGUUCACCAACAUCACAAAAAACAUAUCACUGAUAUCAUCCCCAGAGAUUUUGAGAUAUCUGUCUCUUUUUUCCACCACUUCAGUGCAGUGGACAUGAAUGGAAUAUUGUGCUGCUAAAAACAUUUUAAAAACACCAUCACCAUGGGGUAUUCAUGAGGUCAACAGCACAGUCAUACUAACCACAGUUUAAACACAUGUGUUAAGUAGUUGCUAUUAAAAUACUGGAACAGAAGUAGAAAUAUGUGGGGGGUUUUAACCACAGAAUAGUCCCUAGUAUAUCUAGGGUGCUUGGUAGCAGAGAAAUGAUUUCUGUCAGCCGUGUUUGGCACAAACCCCCGUCACAUCUGCCACCCUCACUUCCCCAGAUACAAUGCAACCAGAAAGCUUCCUCUUUAUGAAUCUCUUAACUUUCAGCUUUACUUUCAGCAAGUUUUCUACAUGAACAGUGAUGCGCCAACCUUUUAAAUAUGAGGUGUAAAAAUAUCUGUUGGUCACCAUAAGGAUGCCAUAUAAUUUAAAGAUGUACCACAUCCUGUGACACAUGGUAUUUUAAAUAUACAAUGACUAACAUGAAUGUCUACGAACUUUUGGGUGUUUUCCCUCAGAUUAUUUUUGUCAGUGACAAAACCCUGUGAAAAUACAAAUCUAAAUGUGUCUAAAUGUGUCUACAUUAGGACAAUUUCUACUAAAACUUCUCAUGCAAUUUAUUUUGGGUUGUCAGCUUUUCAUGGUAAUGUGAUUCACUUUCUUAGUGGCAUUAACUCAUCUUCUGUUAAAAUGCAGACAUAGCCUUCUCAUCUUUCUUCCUGUUGCUCUCCACUGCCAGUUUGUCCAAAGUUGCAAAUAAAGGGCUUAACUCAGUCAUUGACUUCUAAAGCUGCAGAUAGAGUUAGCUUUUGAGUAAACAUGUUAUAUAAGAGUGACAUAUUUUGCCCACUUUCCAGCCCACUUUCCAGCCCACUAGAAUGAACCUAAUUCACAAAAUCUAACAUAUGGCACAAAGACACAUUCUCAGUGGCAAAAGUCCAAACAAAAUAUUUCAGUUAUUAUCUGUACUCGUCUGCAGAUACCCCACAGAUGGUCACCAGUGUAGACAGUUUCCCAGUCAUGAUAUCCUUAUAAUAACAUAAAAAAGAAUUUCAGUUGUAGAAGAAGUGUUGGUUGUCUGCAUCAAAGACUUUUCUCAGGAUGAAUAAAUCUCCCUGUCUUACAGAGGUCUCUUGACCAAUAUGAAUAGUAUUAGCUCACUAUUUCCGAUGCACUGAAAAGCUUUUGUGGUAUUUUCCAUUUAGUGGAGCUGUUGUCACUGAACUGGAGUGGAGUCUGAUUAAUAGCAGCUGUUUGGCAGAGAGAACUUAGCACGGAAUUCAGUCAUCCAGAGCAGUCUGCAGAGGAGUUUGAGUCUUUGCAAUAACAUGGUCAUGUUCAAACAGUGUUACAUUUUAUAUACUCGAAAUGAAAUGAAAAGAAAUGUUUUAUCUUGUAUGUGACUUUUCUUGUCUGGUCAUAAUACACACAAUUUUUUACCCUUACGCUGCCAAAAGGUUGUACAUAUUAUUGUCCUUAAAAUCUCAUGGAUGGAAUAAAGAUGCUCAUUAAAAGCAAAA